AUGCUCAACAAGAAGAAAGACAUUAGCUUCCUCAAAAACUUACCUGGAGCAUCAGAAAGACUCCAGAUUUUCAAUGCAGAUCUCGAUACUCCAGAAAGUUUUGAAGCAGCAAUUGCGGGAUGCAUUGGAGUGUUUCAUGUUGCUCACCCCAUCGAUUUUGAGGACAAAGAAACAGAAGAGAUAAAAGCCAAAAGAGCCAUCAGUGGGAUUCUAGGCAUUCUAAAGGCAUGUCUUGAGUCAAAGACCGUUAAACGAGUUGUGUAUACUUCUAGUGCAGCCGCUGUCACAUGUAAUGAUAAGGGUUUAGAUGUAAUGGAUGAAAGCACAUGGAGUGAUGUAGAUUUUCUUAGAGCUCUAAAACCUUUGGGAGCUUCAUACAUGAUCACCAAGACAUUGACUGAAAAAGCAGCUUUAGAGUUUGCUGAAAAACAUGGAUUGGAUCUGGUGACCAUCAUUCCUACUUUCAUCAAUGGCCCCUUCGUCUGUCCUCGUUUGCCUGGUUCAGUGCGCACCUCAAUGGCUAUGAUUUUGGAUGAUAAGGACCAAUAUAGUCUUCCUAGUAGUGUACCAAUGGUGCACGUAGACGAUGUGGCCAGUGCGCAUAUUUUCCUUCUCGAGUAUCCUAGUGCAAAAGGAAGAUAUAUUUGUUCAAGAGUCGAAAUAACAAUUGAUAAGAUGGCUGAAUUUCUUUCAUCCAGAUACCCUGAAUAUCAGAUACCAGAUGCUCAUAGCUUAAAGGAGAUGAAAGGGAUUAAAUUUUCUGGUCUCUCAUCGAAAAAACUCCUGGAUACUGGCUUCAAGUAUGAACAUAGCCUCGAGGAUAUGUAUGAUGAUGCAAUCCAAUGCUGUAAGCAAAAGGGUUUUCUCUAGUUCGUGUUUGUUGCAAAUACUUCUAAUAAAUUUAUACGGUUCAUGAGUGAGCUGAUUUAAUCUUCUCUGUCUUUCUAUCGUGUCCAAGUUUCCUAUCAGAAAAAAUACAAUAGAGAUACUUUGGUGAAUGAAUGUUUGCAUAUCUUUUUCUUGCUUAAUUCCAACUCAAUACAUA